UCACGCUGUACCAUAAUCUCCCAUAAUCGUUACCACUUACCACUUCGUUGAUUUUUAUCAGAGUACGUAUAUUGUUAGUCCAGCGGAUUUCACAAGUCUACGAUUGGCAUAAUCAUAAUGAAAGACCACCCGCUUUCUAAUUGUGAAGAAAAGUUUGUGCUUGCAGCUAUUGCUGAAAACAGGAGAUUUGAUGGCAGAGGUGUAUACAUCUACAGACCGAUUGUUAUUUUGUAUGGACAUGACCGCGGUUGCUGCCACGUACAAAUUGGUUGUACACGUGUGCUCGCUCAGGUAUCAUGUGAGGUGAUUAUCCCAAAGCAGACAAGACCAAAUGAAGGAGUACUGCAUAUGAAUGUUGAGCUGUCACCAAUGGCCUGUCCCAGUUUCGAGGCUGGAAAACAGUCUGACUAUGGUGUCGAGGUCAAUAGAGCUUUGGAGCGCUUAUUGAGGGAUUCACUCUGCAUUGAUUUAGAAUCACUUUGCAUCAUGUCAGGUGAAAAGGUUUGGCAAAUCAGAGUAGAUGUCCAUGUUCUCAAUCAUGAUGGCAAUCUCAUUGACUGCUCAAGUAUAGCAGCCAUAGCUGCCUUGUCACAUUUCAGGAGACCUGAUGUUACUGUGUCGGGUGAGGAAGUUACAAUUCAUCCUCUUGAUGAGAAAGAUGCAGUGCCACUCAGUGUGAACCAUAUACCGCUGUCUGUGACGUUUGCCUUUUUUGAUCAAGGGAGAACGCUGUUAGUUGAUCCGACAGAUCAGGAGGAACGGGUAAUGGAUGGAAAGAUGGUUGUAGGCAUCAACAAGCACAGAGAACUCUGCAUGUUGCACGUUAGUGGAAAGAUGUUGGUUCUUCAGGAUCAGGUAGUUCGGUGCGUGAACAUUGCUGCAGCAAGAGUUGGAGAAAUAACCGAUCUCAUUAAAGAUACGCUGGAAAAAGACAAUGCUGCCAGGAAAUCGGGGAAGGAAUUUGGAUUCGCGAAGUGCCUCGCCGAUGUCAUUCUGGGUGUGGAUGAUCUUCUUAAGCAUUAUGUUGAUUCCAUGUCAGUCGAUACCACCAGUGUUGGGCAGACAGCAAAGACAGUAGUUGAUGCAGAUGGCAACAGAGUGCAGAUGGAAGUAGAUAAUGCAGAAACAGGAAAUGUUUCCAUUAAGGUUCCGGGUACAGGGAAAAUGUCUACAAACACAGAAGGAGGUGCAGUAACAUGGUGCGAGGGUGAAGAAAGUGACUCAGAUGUCAUCUUGUUAGAUAAAAAUGACAGCACGUCUAGUGAAGUUUCUUCUAAACAGGUUUCUGCAGUGGUCGAACUAAGUGAUAGCGAGGAGGAAAGUGUCUUGAUGACAAGCCAGGAUCUUGAAAGAACGGAAUUAAGUAAAUCUAGAGCGAUUGAAACAAGAGAGAAUCGGGGAGGAAGAUGCAGGGGCAAGUCGUUUGGUGGAAGAAAUCGAGGGAAAAGAGGAAGGGGAAACGGACAGCGCUACUUUUGAUAUAUUUUAACGUAUACUUGUAUAUCUGUAGUUCCAAAUAUGGUGUGAUUAAACAUGCCAGGUGCCGUAUAUAUGG